AUGUCUGAACACACAGCACGAACUUUGGUCGGGGCCCCGGAAGGUCUACACGCCAAAGAAAAUGCCCCGGCGACGGAAGGCCAGGGCCAGGGCCAAUGGGCUGCCUCAUCAAUGACCGAGGACGCCCCUUCAUCUCUGACAGAGAGCGAUGGUGCUUCUGAUCAAGUACCCGAAAAUGGCGACAACCCUGCACCACUGACCGAGGCAAUUACGACCGAGACGUCUGGUCGGCCAGACCUCGCCAGGACGGAAUCGCAAGCCGACAAAUUUUCCACGGGGAGGAUUAUCGUUAUCAUUUCUUCCCUGAGCAUGGCUCUGUUCUUAGCAGCUCUGGAUGUUACCAUCAUCACAACGGCUUUGCCUACAAUUGCAGCCCAUUUCCAAGCCAGCUCCGCUGGAUACACAUGGGUGGGUAGUGCGUACCUUCUAGCAAAUGCUGCCAGCGUCCCACUUUGGGGCAAGGUCUCUGACAUAUGGGGCCGGAAACCUAUGAUCAUUCUCGCCAACGUGAUCUUCAUGGCUGGCAGUUUGAUAGCCGCGCUCAGCAAUUCGAUCGGAUUGCUAAUAGGCGGACGGGUCAUCCAAGGUAUCGGCGGCGGCGGACUCGUCAUUUUGGUCAACAUCUGCAUCGCUGACCUGUUCAGCAUGCGGGAUCGACCAAAGUACUACGGCUUGAUGGGCAUGGUGUGGGCCUUUGCAUCCGGAGUUGGUCCAGUCAUCGGUGGUGCCUUCACCGAGGGCGUCUCCUGGCGUUGGUGCUUCUACAUCAAUCUACCCUUGGACGGCGUCUCGCUCAUCCUACUCAUCUUCUUUCUCAAGCUUGAGACUCCCAAGACCCCUUUUUGGGCGGGCAUCAAGACCGUCGAUUGGGUUGGUGUCGUCACUAUCGUGGGAGGAGUGGUCAUGUUUUUGCUGGGUAUGGAAUCCGGUGGAAGCACUCAUCCCUGGGAUAGUGCCUACACUCUCUGUCUGAUCAUAUUCGGGAUUGUCACCAUAGCCUUGUUCUUCCUGAACGAGUGGAAGUUCGCCAAGUACCCCAUCAUCCCUCUGCGGCUGUUUCGGGAUCCCUCAAAUCUGGCCUCGUUGGGCGUUUGUUUCAUCCACGGCUUCGUCUUCAUAGCCAGCAGCUACUAUCUCCCCGUCUACUUCCAGACCGUGAUCAGCGCCACGCCGAUCCUGAGCGGUGUCUACCUGUUCCCUCUGGUUCUGAGCUUGUCCUUCGCAUCCGCGGCCACGGGCAUCUUCAUCAAAAAGACCGGCCGAUACCGCGAGCCGAUCUGGUUCGGCCUUGCCAUGAUGACGCUUGGCUAUGGGCUGUUCAUCGACCUAGACCCUCGUGCCAACUGGGCCAAGAUCAUCAUCUUCCAGAUCAUUGCCGGGGUUGGCGUGGGGCCGGUCUUUCAAAGUCCCCUGAUCGCCCUCCAGAGCCACGUCAAGGGCCACGACAUCGCCGUGGCAACCGCCCUGUUCGGGUUCGUGCGCAACUUGUCGACUGCCAUCUCCGUCGUUCUCGGCGGUGUCGUCUUCAACAACGAACUGUCCGAUAAAGAAGGCUAUCUUCGCACUGUCCUCUCCCCGGCAGAGGCCCGCAGACUGACCAGCUCGAGUUUCGGCGCGACCACCUCGUUCGUGCGAGGCCUGCCCCCCGCGCAGAAACAUGCCGUCAACAUCGCGUACACUUCCAGCCUGCGCACCAUGUGGAUCUUCUAUACGGCUUUUGCAGCCUUCGGCAUCUUGGUCAGUUUCUUCAUCACCAAGAAGGAGCUGAGCCGGACGCAUGAGAAGGCCAGGACGGGGAUCGAGGAGCAGGAACGCGUUAGGCAGCUCGAAGAAGCGGAGAGAAAAGCGAGACGCCAUACCGUGGAUCCAGAAAAGGCGGGAACCUAG